ACUGCGUGUAGUUUCGAGCAUAGUGAAAACAUUCUGAUGAAACGCACUCAUUGAAAAACAAGAUCUGGUAUUCUGUCAUUGUUCUGUCGAUAAGCUAGACAAAUUCUUGAUCAGAAAGAAGACGACGUACCGUAGAAGAAUAUAAGCUGUGGUCAAUUGAUCGAACGAUUGGUGAUCGAGUGCUUUUACUGUUCGGUAAGUGUAAAUGUGUGUUAUCAACGACGAUUAUUGUGCAAGUACGGUGUACUUGUCGAAACACGAAAUCUGAAAGUCGAUAGUAAUCCACGGUUCAGGAGAGUGGUAUAAGGUAACGGUCCCUUGCUGCUUUCGUCAUGUCGUCAAAAUUGAUGAGGAAGACAAAGUUGACGGGAGAUGCUCGCUGAUAUGGAGGUUGUUGAGAAUUCCCUGGUUCGCGGGCCGCCUUUGCUUGAAAGGUUUCCCGGAAGUUUUCACACGAGAAACACGCAAAAAGGUAUCCAUUGAGGUAUUCCCGCGGGAUUUGGUGAGCUGGCGAAGCCAGGACUCGACAUCGUACGCUCGUCAUUCUCGGAGGAUACCGCAACACGUAUCAAAAUCAAUGAUAUCCUCGCUGCGCGAGGUCAAUUUUCCGCGAUGUUCUCGAUGUCUAGCUUGUGCACUGAGAUACUAAGGAAUAGAAGCAAAAGUUACGCGGCUGCUCACAUACACGCAGAAUGUAGCAACUUAGCUAAUGACAGUGAGUGUCCACCUUCUCUUAGUAACUUAUUGGAUGAACUGUUGAAUCCUGGUGAAGUUAUUACUGACAGAGAAACUAUUAACUGGUGUAAAUGGUUGAUAGCCAGUGGUCAUACGCCGGAGAAGUUCGCUAAGACAGUGAGAAUGUACGACAAUGCUACAACAUGUGGAUUGGUUUGGACACCCAAUUUUGUAGCAUAUCGUUGUCGUACAUGUGGUAUAUCACCAUGUAUGUCCUUAUGUACAGAAUGUUUCAAAAAGGGCAAUCAUCAUGGUCAUGAUUUCAAUAUGUUUUUAAGUCAAGCAGGUGGUGCUUGUGAUUGCGGUGACGCAUCUGUUAUGAAGGAAUCAGGAUUUUGUGACAGGCAUGGUCCAAAAGCAGCUGUUGAUAAGUCAGCUGCUCCUUCAAAUUUAAUGUGUGUAGCAGAAGCAAUGAUGCCCAGAAUAAUUCUUCGCCUUAUACAACAUUUACGCGAAAAUUGUACGGUGGGUCAACGAAAUUAUGAAAUUGUAAUUCAAGAUGCAGAUGAAUAUCUAACAAUGCUCAUUGAUUUUAAUAAGAUGGGUGCAUUAAUGAGGCAUGUUAUGACAUCAGCUCUUACUAAUCCGCAAAAAUAUAGAAGUCUUAUGGAUCCUACUGUAUCAACCGGAGAACCAGAAUAUGAUAGCUAUUGCCAAGACAGCAAUGAAAUAUAUCAAAAUGCAGUGAAAUCUUUGUCAAAUCCAGAACCACCUGAUGAAUAUAAAGAAUGUGCAUCUUUACAAGAACAUUUACAACAUACUACUUUCUUAGAGGAAUUGAUGUUUUGGACAGUUGUUUAUCAAUUUCCACAGAAAUUAGUUUGUUUGCUGCUAAAUAUGUUACCAGAUCCAGAAUAUAAGGAAGCACUUACUCGUGCUUUUGUACUACAUUACAGUAGAGUUUCGAUGAUGCUUGAACGCUCAACAGAUCCUGAUACUUUAAGCAAUAAAGUAGUCCAUGUCAGUGUACAGUUAUUCAGUAACGAAAGUUUAGCACUGAAAAUGGUGGAUCAAUUAAAGUUGUUGCAUGUUAUGGUAAUAGCUUUAAAAUAUAUGAUGAGUAAAAUAUUGAUUCAGAAUAUUUUACAUGAUCCAAAUAAAAAUUUUCACUAUGUAGUAGAUUGUGAACGACAGGUGAUGAAGGAACACUGUUAUUGGCCUAUUGUUUCAGAUUUAAAUAAUGUUCUUUCACAUAAACCUAUAGCUGUUAGAUUUAUGAGUGAUGAUACACUUUUAGAAAUGUGGUUCGAUUUUCUGUCUAUGUUUCAAGGAAUGAACGUGAAUCAACGAGAAUUAGAUCAACACGUUGAAUAUGAAUCUAAUACGUACUACGCAGCGUUUAGCGCUGAAUUAGAAGCUAGUGCAUAUCCAAUGUGGGCUUUAGUUUCUCACUUGCGUGGUCCUGAAAGUGCUGCUCUUACUCGUAGAGUGCUAUCAUUUUGUUUCACUGCAUUACAAGAUUGGUUAGAUGCUAUAAAUUUCACUUAUUCGAAUGUGAGUGAUAGUUUACAAGUAUCGUUUCAUUUACCAUUACAUCGAUACUUUGCUGUGUUCAUGUGCCAAGCUGUGCGCCAACAAGGAGCUACUCUCAAUGAUCUAUUGCCCCCUACUGAUAUGUUACAUCUUUUAAUAAUGCAUCCUUUACAAGUUCAGGUUGCCUUUUAUGAAAUUUUAAAUGGAUUAUGGGUGCGCAAUGGCCUUCAAAUAAAAGGCCAAAUUAUGACGUACAUACAGUGCAAUUUUUGUAAUUCAAUGGUAGAUGCGGAUCUUUAUCUGCUUCAAGUUUGUGCAACGAAGUUACAACCAGAGGUUUUUCUGAAAACAGUUGUUAAAAAGUUUCAUAUAAAACAAGAGAUGAGUCUUCGUUUGUACAAAACAUCUCAAAAUGAGUACAUGGAUGAAGAACAUGAUACACCAAUGUUAGAAAGUUUUUUAACAUUUUUGGCUAUAUUAGUUAAUGUUCGAACAAAUUUAGGUUUGUCUGAUCCUGAAAUGUCCCGUUUAGAAAUGGUUACUUUAUUAUCUAUGGGAGAUAAAACUCACAGUCAGUUAAUGGAAUUAAUGCCAGAACGUUCUGGCAGUACACAAAAUAGAGAUUUUGAAUCUGUAUUAGCCGAUGUUGCAGUGUAUAGAGCACCUAAUCUGGAAGCUAGUGGAAACAUGCAGCAAGGAAUGUAUGGUCCAAAACCACGUCUGGUCUGGGAGGAAUUAUUUGAUCCUUUACAUGUAUUACUAAGAGCAGCACAAAAAGGAGAUUUCCAGAUGGCAAUGGAUCGCUUUACUGAAUACGUGAAACAAUCAGGAAAAUUGAAAAACAGUGCUAUUCCAUGGCCACCAUUUAGGCAUCCUGCUCCUGUUUCACCAGCAUAUGAUGAUCCACGAAUCGUACUAAGAUCAAGAGUUUUUCAUGCUAUGAUUUUAAUAAUUUUGUAUAAAGCGGUAUAUGGACAUAAUAUAUCAGAGCAUGCAAUGGCAUUGACUAUUUAUUUAUUAGAAAUGGCAGUAAUUACUGCAGAAAUACGUGAUAAAUCUAUGAAUUCCUUAUGUCAAUAUACCAGUGAUGAACCACCUCGUAUAAUAAAAGAUAUGGAUUUAAGUAAUUGGUAUAAAAGUGAUGAUUUAUCAGAAAACUUGAGGACUGUGAUACCUCAAGUCAUCUUGGUCCAAGAAUCAGAGUCAAGUAAUUCAGAUAGCGACUUUGAGUGGGAAAUUCAAAGUGAUGUAACUGAAAUGGGAACUUCUCUCAUGAUAAAUGAUGCAAUAGAUGAAGGUUCUUUAGAAGUUUUAGCUCUUCCAUCUUUAGAUACUAUCAGUAAUGAUACUGCAUUACAAAUUGCUGUGAAUACUUCUUUACCUGCUUUACCUCAAGCAAAUGACCAAUUUCAAUUAACUUUUGUAGCUGAAGAUGGAAUUGUUACUAUAUCAGAAGCUAAUAGUGAAGAUGAUUUAAUAUCUCUACAAAGAGCUUUGCCAUCAUCCACCGAAGAAUCCAUGGCCCUUGCCCUUGAAUCACCUCCUUUACCAAACAAUAUCGGUAGUCAACCUGCAUUGCCACCUGCACCUCAACGGCCUGCUGUUAUGGCUGGCAAUGAAAUAGUUGCUGCAACAACAGUGUACUCAAGACUCAGUAAUUCUAGAGUAACAACAACAGAAAUUGUUCCAUCUACAUCAAGUUCACAUAAACACUUCAAAAGAAGAGAUGCCCAGGGUGGAUCGUUACAAUCACAAACUGUGAAAGUAGACGAGAGUAUAAUCACAUUAUUGUUAAAAUUGCACUCACAGUUGUCAGGUGUUUCGGAUAGUUACAAUCUCGAACAGAGUACAAUGAUGGAUAGUGAAGCUAGUAGUAGUUCAACCACAGAACCAACAGAAUCGCGAAUUGGUGAUGGUCCGUUCUUUAUUGCGCAACUACUGAACAAAAUAGCAAACUUAAAUCCUACGUGCAAAGAUGCUAUAAACGAAGCUAGGAACAAAUUAUGGCCAAGUAUGCAGGAAAGCGAAGAUAAACGAGAGAAAGAAGAUCGGGAAAGAGAAGAGAGACGAAGACGGGCAAAAGAAAGGCAGCAAAAGUUAAUGGCAGAAUUCGCCAAUAAACGAAAGCAAUUCAUGGAAAAAGCAAUGGAAACAGACGAAGCAGGGGUAUCUGGUAUGGAUUGGGAUCAAAAAGAUAAUGCUACCAAAUUAACUAACAAAAAAGAGUAUGAUUGUGUUAUUUGCAGUCAAAGUAGUCCUAGUACCGAAAAUAAUCCUAUGGGUCUUGUUGUAUUAGUUCAAGGAACAAGUGUUAUUGGUCACGAACGACAACAAGCAGAUAGACUGGUUUUACCUACUUCUGACGAUGAUCCUCCUAUACCAAAGUGUGAUACACGUGGUGCUUAUUUUGAUCGUAGAAUGGAUGCAAUGGACCGACAUUUUGAUACCAUUUCGUUGCUGUUAUCCGUUAAUCUAGGUUGGAGAGGUGGAGUGUAUGUGCAGACGUGUGGACAUCACUUACAUUUAGAUUGUUUAUUGCCAUAUAUAGAAUCUCUUGAUCAUCAACAAAGACAACUUUCCCUUGCUGUAGAUAGCGGUGAAUAUCUCUGUCCACUUUGUCGGCAAUUAGCUAAUUGUUUCCUUCCACUUUCUCCACAAUUGGGGAAAUGUGCAGAAAUUGUACGAUCGCCUUAUGUACCUUUUCCUAUAAUGCUUCCGGAGAUAAAUAAUCUAUUGAAAGAAGUACAACGAAAUCAUCCACUAACGAGACGAACAUUUUUAUCUGAAGCAAUGCACAAAGCAGUACAGGACAUGACAAGGUGCACAAAAUCAAAGUGUCAACAACAGCAUAGUUACAAAAGUUUGUUUGUUUUCAUAACUUCUAUAGCACGAACUAAUUUCGAAAUUGAACUUGUUCAACGUGGUGGGUCAUUGUGUAUUCCACCGCCUACUACGAUACCUUUAAGGCCAAAACGUGAUUGCAUUGUUGCUCUUCUCCACGUUCUGGCAAAGAGCGCACGUGUGUGUAUGUUCUGGCCGGUACAAUACACAUGGCAACAGCUAUGCACUCCAUUCACUACAACAUUACACGAGGGAGAAGUCCCUUUACUUCUCAGAGAUCCGACUGCUCUUCUCAUACAGUUUAUAUUAUUGCUACCUUUGCACAUGGAACAAGCGUAUUUCUCUAGUGUAGUAAAAAUUAUCUACAACUUUUUGUAUUAUCAAGUUAUAGUACAAAUAAGCUGUGGUCUCACACAAGCAGAAAGAAAUUCAUUUUUAAGAAGAGAAUGUGUUGAGCAUAGUUCUAUGUCUUCUGAGACUAUAUUAUGUAAAAUUAUUGAAUAUUUUAGUAAUAGUCCACUUUACCAUUCAGAUACUGUACUAUAUGAUCCAUCCACUUCAUCGUGCACACCAUAUGCACGAGAUAAGAUGCAUAAUAUUGAACAACAGAUACAAUUUAUGUGCUUACCGUUUUUACGAAUAGCUGCAUUACUCCGUUACCACUUAUACGAGGAACCGUUACCUAUAAUUAGGGCCCCAGAAGCUGAAUUUGCGAGAUUAGUUCGUUAUUUGGAAUUAGUUACAGAAAGUAUGGAUUGGAAUAUGUUUAAUUCAGCUAUAGCUUUGAACUGGCAAGAUAGCGAGAGUAGUGUAGUAGUGCCUCGUACUAUUAUCAUGGGCGACAGUGUUGUCAAGGUCAUUCAAUUCCGCAGGAGAUUAGUAUUUGCUUAUUAUGUGGUGCCAUCGUUUGUUUAAAACCAAAACGGAAGCCGUGGAACGUAUGCGAAGUUGUUCAACAUUCGAUUGAUUGCGGAGGUGGAACUGGUAUAUAUCUGGUGGUAACAUCAACCUAUAUUGUAGUAAUUCGAGGUCAACGUGUUUGUUUAUGGGGAUCUUUAUAUCUCGAUGAUUUUGAGGAAGAAGAUAGAGAUCUGAAACGCGGGAAACCUUUAUAUUUAAAUCAAGAUAGAUACCAAUUAUUAGAGCAGCAAUGGCUAGCGCAUAGGUUUGACCAUACGAAAAAAACAUGGGUAUGGCAUCAUGAUAUACUAUAAUAGUGUUGAAAAGUGGUGCUCUAAAACGAGUACGAAACUUUCAACAAGUUUAUUUCCAUACAAUGCCUCGCCAAGAAAUAACAUCGCUUUAAGAAUUAACAGAUUGCUCUAAUACACUUUAUGGAUAAUUAUAUUUAUUAUGACGCAGUGACGUAAGUAGACAUAAUAUUGAAUGAAAGUAUUACAAGAAAAAAAAUAUGAGGUGAGAGCUGAAUUAAUAUUGUUUAUAGUCAUAAUACAUGAAAGAUUAUAUUCGAAGAAAUGUAUGUUUUGAAUUAUACAUUGUACAUUCUAUUUAAGUAUAUACAUACAAAUUAUGUCCUAAUAAAAAAAAAAGUACUUAUUUAGUGUGUAGCAUUUGUUGUACUUAAGAGACGAAUGUUAUUGAAUUUCUUAGUCGAAAUUUCGGUUAUACUAAGAAUCGGAUAAAUUAUAUUGUUGAAGAUAAAUAAUAUCAUACUAUUAAUGAAAUUAUGAUUUUUUCCGUCAAAAUAAAUUGAAUUUAUUGUGUGCUUUUUUCAUUGUAGGAAAAAUAUGGAAAGAAAAUUCGUUAUAUUCUAUAAUUUAUUAUCAUAAUUACUUUUGUUGAAAAAUUUUAUUUCAAAUAUUUUUUUUUUGUAUUCUAUUUACUCAGAAAUAGAGUAUUUUAUAAUUCAUUAGUAAAUGGAGAAAAAUAUUGAAGGUCUAUAAACAUGACAAAAUCAAAGACUGAUGUCUUUAUAAGGACUUUGUUUCUGGAUAAAUUUAAGAAUGGGCUCGAUUUUAUCUCUGUUUUGUUAUAACUCGCAACACUCGUUUAUUCUGAUUCUGAAUUUGUACAAGCAAGAUAGAAAUAUUGAUACAUGAAUUUUUAAUUAGGAGGUGAAGGGAAAAUUUUUGUGUUAAAUUGGCAGAGAUUUUAAAGAAUAAUUUUCUUUUCUAGAUUUGUUCAUGUUUUUAAUAAGAAUGAUCUGUAAAUUAUGUUUGGAAUAUCAAAUUAACAUGUGUUUUUAUUAUUAAAUCCAGAGUCAGCAAUGUAGUAAUAAGUGAGAUUGUUAUUAACACCAUAAACGGUAUUGUAAAAUUUUCUCUUGUAAAAAUAAUUUUUAUUCUAAUUUAAUAAUGUGAAUUUUUUGCAACAGUUCAUGAGAAACUAUAGAAAAUUAUUAUCAAUCAGUGAACUCGAGAUUCAGACAAUAUUUGAUGCAUUAUUUUUCUGUAUGCAUAUUUAUGGGCUGUGUAUAUGAACCUAUAAACUCAUUUUAUUAAACGAACUAUUUAUCUACUCGUUUUUUCGCACCGGUGCAUAAAUGUUAAUUAAGUAAUUGAACUGUGGCAAUUAAGUUGUUAUUGUUUUUGAAGAAGCAAUUUAUAUGCAAAUAGUUUUAAUUAAAAACUGAUUUUAAAUCUUGUUGUACAUUUUGAUUAUUGGAACUUAUAACAAACAAAUUUUCGUUCAAGAUUUCAAUUUUUAUUAUUCUAUGAUUACACGAACAAGAAAUUGCUUCUUCCAGAUUAUAGAUCACUGUAAAUGUGUAAUAAUGAUAGGAUGCCACACUUAAGAUUGCUAGUUAACUCAAGAUGAUCUGUACAUAGUUAAUUAUUUUUAUGAAUGUCCGCUUAUAAUGUUAAAAAUUUGCAAAUAAUACGUUAAGAAGUGCUAAAAAAUAAAUAAUAAUAGCAAUUAUCAAUUCUGUUCAAUGUAUAAAUAAAAGCAAUUCUAUUAAAUGAAAAGAUUGCCUUCUAAUCCACAAGUAUUUUUAUUUGUUUCACUACUUCUUAAACGGUAUGUAAACUAAAUAGAGAAAGAUGAAGAAUCAUUUAUUUUCUAGAUAAUUAUUACAAGUAAUUUAUGGUUUUGGCAAAUGCAAACAUAUUUUGUAAAAUCGAUGAAGCUAGAUGCAAUUUUACUGUAAAUCUAACGAUUAUUACAAUAUUAUUUAUAUCAAAAUCAUUUUCUGUUUUUGUUACGAAAAUGAGAGUCUAGUUCUUAUUAUUACUCAAUUAUCCUUCUAUUUAACAAGUGCUACAAGUUUCAUAAUAGAGUAUCACUAAAAGUAAUAUAACUAUUAUUUUUACUUAUUUGCUCUAUGGAAACGUCUACUUAAAUUACUUCCAUUAUUUAAAAAAAGCAAAUGUUUAAAAAUACAAUAGUGAAAGAAAAAUUCCAAUUAAUCUUUACACGUUAUUAAUGAAAACAGAAACUAUAUUACUUAUCUGUACAAGAAUAAAUUUUAUUACAAUUUAUAAAAAUUUUGCCCUGUUAAAUUAAUGAAUGAGUAUUUUGUAAUAAGGAUGCUUACAUAGAAUUAUAUUGCUUCAAACGAAAGUUAUAAAUUAAGAAAUAAAAAAUUUAGAAAAUUUGUAAAUCUUCAGCCCAAUUAGAGUAAUUUUUUUUUAAAUAAAAAUGUUACCUACAUAUAUAUGGAAAAUAUUACAGCAUUACAAAUAACUUAUUAUCAAUUUGUAUAACGAUUUAAAUUUUCAUUAUAAUACUUAUGAUAAAAAUCGAAAUCUACAAGUUCUCCAGAAGCAUCCACAUUACUUACAUUGAAUCAAUCGUUUUAUAAUUGUCCAAAAAGAAAAUUAAUUUUGUUUCAUAUCAGUGCAUGCCAGUCAAAGUAGAAAAUACUUUUGUAUUAAAAUUAUAUAAAAAAAAGCAAAGAGAAAAUAUUACAAUUAUUUCUUUUAUUAUAGACGUACCUUAAACGCAACAAUUUUGUUUAAAUCAUGUUUACAUUAUACAAUAUUUGUCGUGCUUUAGUAAUGAAAUUAAACUUCUGUGAUCUAAAUCUAAGAAUUUAGAAAUCCAUAAAAUCUAAAUAUACAGCCAAAUACUAAUUAAUGGACAAAAUUUACGGCAUU